AUGCCUGUGGUCGACCCCCAUCACCAUCGAAGUCAAGCUGCGAGUCUACCUAUCCGAAAUAUCAUGAUGUACGGAUCGGAGACUUGGGCAGCACCAUCGAUGGUUAUGGAGAGGCUUGACUGCACGGAACGAAAGCUGCUUAGACGGCUACUUGGCUACUUUUGGCCUAGGGAGACCGGCAGAUCGCCUUGUUCAACGAAUUCUGAGGAGUUCGUCGGGUUCGAGCUGGAAGAAGCCACCUGGCCGAAAACGGAAGUUCUGGAUUGA